AUGCCCCCAGUAGCCCUGCGCGCCCGCACGCUCCGGGCCUUUGCUCGCAAUGUCAGCAACCCCCAUGCCGCGCUCUGCCGGUCCUUCUCGACCACCCUCGCGCGCGGCGAGAUCAACAAGGUCUUCCCCUCGGCCACCGAGGCCCUCAAGGACAUGAAGCCCAACACGACGCUCCUCUGCGGCGGCUUCGGCCUCUGCGGCGUCCCCGACACCCUCAUCGACGAGCUCCUCCGCAAGCCCGAGAUCAAGGGCAUGACCGCCGUCUCCAACAACGCCGGCACCGACGCCCACGGCCUCGGCAAGCUCCUCAAGACCAAGCAGAUCCGCAAGAUGAUCGCCUCCUACAUUGGCGAGAACAAGACCUUUGAGAAAAUGUAUCUCACCGGCGAGGUCGAGCUCGAGCUCACCCCGCAGGGCACCCUCGCCGAGCGCUGCUCUGCCGGUGGACGCGGUGUCCCGGCCUUCUACACGCCCGCCGCCUUUGGCACCGUCGUCCAGACCGGCGACCUGCCCCUCAAGAACAAGGCCGACGGCAGCCCGGACCAGUACUCGUACCCCAAGGACGUCAAGGUCUUCCGCGGCAAGCCCUACCUGCUCGAGGAGGCCAUUGCCGGCGACUACGCCUUUGUCAAGGCCUACAAGGCCGACAAGCUCGGCAACUGCCAGUUCCGCCUCGCCGCCAACAACUUCAACGGCGCCAUGGGCCGCAACGCCAAGAUGACCAUUGUCGAGGCCGAGCACAUUGUCGAGCCCGGCGAGAUCGCCCCCGAGGCCGUCCACCUGCCCGGCAUCUACGUCAAGCGCGUCAUCCAGAGCACCGCCGACAAGAACAUUGAAAAGGUCACACUCGCCCGCGACCCAGACGACCCGGCCGCCAGGGCCGCCCUCGGCACCGGCGACACCGCCGCCAAGCGCGAGCGCAUCGUCCGUCGCGCCGCCAAGGAGUUCAAGAACGGCAUGUACGCCAACCUCGGCAUCGGCAUGCCCAUGCUCGCCCCCAGCUUCGUCGGCCCCGACGUCGAGGUCCAGCUGCAGUCCGAGAACGGCAUCCUCGGCCUCGGCCCUUACCCCCAGCGCGGCGCCGAGGACGCCGACCUCAUCAACGCCGGCAAGGAGACCGUCACCCUCAACCCGGGCGCCGCCGUCUUUGGCAGCGAGGAGUCCUUUGGCAUGAUCCGCAGCGGCCGCAUCAACCUCACCAUCCUCGGCGCCAUGCAGGUCAGCGCCGGCGGCGACCUCGCCAACUGGAUGCUCCCCGGUAAAGUCAAGGGCUUUGGCGGCGCCAUGGACCUCGUCUCCAACCCGUCUGCUACCAAGGUCGUCGUCACCAUGGAGCACACGGACAAGAAGGGCAACCCCAAGAUCAUGAAGCAGUGCGCCUUUCCCCUCACCGGGCGCGCUUGCGUCUCUAGGAUCAUCACGGAGCUCGGCGUCUUUGACGUCGACUUUGCCAAGGGCCUCACCCUCGUCGAGAUUGCCGACGGCGUCACCGUCGACGAGAUCAAGAGCAAGACCGAGGCGCCCUUUAAGGUGGCUGAGGACUUGAAGCCGAUGCUGUAG